AUGCUCUCCUUCAUCCCCACACUCCUCCAACUCUCUUGUCUUCUCAUCCCCUCCAUCCUCCCGGUAAAUGCAUACCCCGCUCCCGGUGCCUGCAGCGGCCCCUGCAAUGUUCACGACCCAGCCCUCAUCCGCCGCGAAGAUGGGACUUACUUCCGCUUCUCGACGGGCAACAAGAUCUCGUAUGCGAGUGCCCCUGCUGUAGAAGGACCGUGGACGGCGCUGGGGAGUGUUCUUCCUGACGGGUCGAUUAUUGACUUAGAAGGGAGGGAUGAUUUAUGGAAACAGGCCCCAGAUAUAGCGCUUGUUAAUGAUGCCUACCACCUCUACUACACAGUCAGCUCAUUCGGCACGCAAGCCUCAGCAAUCGGCCUAGCCACCUCCCCCUCAAUGGACCCAGGGUCAUGGACAGACCACGGCGCAACAGGCGUCUCCUCCAGCGAAGGAUCACCCUACAAUGCCAUCGACGCGAACCUGUACAUAGACGGCCAAACCCCCUACAUGACCUUCGGCUCCUUCUGGACAGACCUCUUCCAGGUUCCUAUGAAUGCGGAUGCCACACUGUCCGCAGGCGAGCCGUACAAUGUUGCGUUUGAGCCCGAGGGAACGCAUCCCCUGGAAGGGCCGUUCUUGUUUAGGUCUGGGGACUGGAAUUAUUUGUUUUUUAUGUGGGGCGUUUGUUGUGGGUAUGAUGGGACUAUGCCGCCGGCUGGGCAGGAGUAUAAGGUUAAGGUUUGUAGGUCGGAGAAGGUGGAUGGGGGGUUUGUCGACAGCGACGGCAUCCCCUGCACUGAAGGCGGCGGGACAGUCGUCCUCGAAAGUCACGAUACAGUCUAUGGACCAGGCGGACUUGGCGUCUAUGAUGAUCCAACCCUCGGCCCCAUCAUGUACUAUCACUACGUGGAUACGAAUAUUGGGUAUGCGGAUGGACAGAAGCUGUUUGGGUGGAAUGCCUUGGACUUUUCCAGUGGAUGGCCUGUUCUGUAG